UGUCCGGAGAGCUGGCGUUCCUCCGCGCGCUGGAGCCGACAUGCUCUCUCUGUGCACCGGAACCGUGUGGCUCACAUCGCUUACAGCAGCCGUUUGGGCGAGUUUGCACCCGGAGUGUGAGUAUAUAUUCCAGCUGGAGCGAGAUGAACAGCUCUGUCUGAAAGGAAUCGCUGAACAUGAAAACCUCAGCGCUUCAGGGCAGACAGGCUGCCUACCAGCAUGGGACUCUGUGUUGUGUUGGCCCAGAGCAGCAGUUGGAGAAAUUGUACAGUCUCCCUGUCCCGCUGUUUUCUCUCUCUUUAGCAACCACACAGGUACAGUGAGUCGUAACUGCACCAGUUUGGGCUGGUCACACCCGUUCCCUCCUUACCAUGAAGCCUGCAGCAUCGACGAUGACAUCCCAGGGGAAUCGUACUUCACCACAGUGAGACUGAUCUACUCCAUCGGAUACGGAGCCUCUCUGAUCUCACUGUUCGUGGCAGUGGUAGUCCUGCUGAUCUUCAGGAGGCUGCACUGCGCAAGAAACUACAUCCACAUCCAGCUGUUUAUCAGCUUCAUGCUCAAAGCAGUGUCUGUGUUCAUUAAAGAUGCUACACUCUUUGGCAGUGAAGAUACCGACCACUGUUCCCUCUCUACUGCAGGCUGCAAGGCGUCCGUCGUGUUCUGUCAUUACUGUGUGAUGAGUAAUUUCUCCUGGCUGCUGGUGGAAGCGGUGUAUCUCAACUCUCUGCUGCUGUCUGCUCGCAGCCGCCGCUGUCUGUGGGGCUUCUCUCUGCUGGGCUGGGGAGUUCCUCUGCUUUUUAUCCUCCUCUGGAUCAUCUCUCGGCUGUAUUUUGAGGACACAGAAUGCUGGGACAUUAAUGAAGAUUCUCCUUACUGGUGGAUAAUCAAGGGUCCCAUUGUUUUAUCUAUUGGGAUCAACUUUCUGUUGUUCCUGAACAUCAUUAGGAUUCUGGUACAGAAGUUAAACCCGCGUUUAAUCCAGUUCAACAACUCGGCACAGUACAGACGCCUGACCAAGUCCACGCUUCUGCUCAUCCCUCUGUUCGGGACGCAUUACGUGGUGUUUAACUUCCUGCCAGACUACACUAACAUCAGCCUGCGUCUCUGUUUAGAGCUGUGCCUUGGCUCGUUUCAGGGGCUCAUGGUGGCAAUUCUCUACUGUUUCCUCAACCAAGAGGUCCAGAAGGAAGUGCGACUGAUGUGGAUGCGAUGGCAGGAGAGCAGUUAUGGAGUCGUUAUCGCUGGAGCCAAAGGCAGUCAGAUGGAUACACCGUUCUGAUUCUGUGACUAUGUUCGACAUUCGAGAGACUCUGGGGUUUAUUUAUUACUUUCCCCCCUUUUAUCUGCUAUUUUUUGCCCACAGCAAGACAGCACGACUGCGAAGGCUGGCUCCUGUUGUCAAAUGAUGGCUUCGCUGUAGUGAUUCAGGUCUCGUGUGGGACUCGCUUGUAGUUCAGGAAGCUGUGAAGCUUUGGCGCAAACCAACUGGAGCAGAACUCAAAAGAAAAAAAAAACACGUGACAUUGCCUUGCUAAAAACAGUGUCUGACUAUUUCAAACAUGGUGAAUAGCUUUUACUGCUAGCUUGUAGCUGAAACUUCAAUGAAUUUUUAUCAUGUUUACUCUUGUUUUUUAAAUACAAUAUAAUAUCUAAGCCGGUCAGCUGUUGAUAAAAUAAUACUGUGGAAAUCUUUUAUGUGAAAUGUGAUUAUAAACAUGCAAGCAAGCAAAUGCAAGCUACGUUCUAGUCCUCAGUGGUUCACUACAUCUUUCUUGAGUGCUUCUGUUUGCUUAAAGGAGCUGUUAUUUAUUUAUUUAUUUACUUGUUGCCUGUCAUGUGAAACACAAUUCCUGUGAAAACAUUAACAAGCUUUCAUCUUUAGAGUUUUAAGAAUAAGACACAGAGCUGAGCUUCUUACUUCUGGCUGGGGGCGGGGCUAAUUUCUGGGCUGGAAAAGUCUGUAAUGAACCAGAUUAACAGAAACACUGCAGAGAAAUAUCGCAAGUCUCUGAUUUUCCUAAAUAUCAUUAAUCUUAUAAGAUUAUUCUAGAUUUUGACACAUAUUAAAAAAUGACAAAGGACACCUUUAAUUACUGCAGUCUUGCACAAGCUGGGAACAGCUGCUUUACUCCACAGAAUUACUAAAAAUCUAGACUUGGUUGUGACAUUUAAAGGUUGUGCAUGUGUGUUUGUAUUUGUGUAUUUUCUUUAAAGGACACUACAAUGUUCAUAGCACACAUUAAUAAGCCUAAAAUGUUAACGGCUCACAUGGAAUUCCCAUGAGCAUCCCUGAAACACAGCUGAUUUUCCAGACCUUAAAAAUAUGUUCGCUCGCUCCUUCAGAUGUUUUGAUGCAGAAAAUGAUGCACUUUACAGAGUUGUGCUUUAGUUUUAAAGACAGAAUAGCACGGAUCCUAAAAGGCAACACUGGUAUCUUUUCAGGGCAUUGGUGCUGUUUUGAGAGAGAUAGCUAUCAUUUCGGCUCUCUAGGAGUCACCAUGACACUGUACUGAGGCAGAAAUGAGGAGGAUUCAUGAUGAAGAUGGGAAGCAGAUGGGAGCACAUAUAAGACAAGACUAUAUUGAAGUAGACCAUUUCUGACCAUUUGGUCUCUUUAGUGAGGCUCAAAAAUGUUAAAAGUAAAACUUCAUUUUGUUUCUUAAACCAGUGAUUCGAUGGCAAUGGAUGAUGACAGGAAAGGACAAUUUUACGUAACAGGCAAAACACAUUGCUAUCCUAAACAUCUGUUUAAAAUGAUUCGUUUUUAUACACCAGUUUUCAGUCUGUUUGUGAAAAUCUGUUUAUAAUCUAUUUGAGAAUCCACCUACAUGCGGUACAUGUUUUUGUGGUGAAAUUCAGCCUUUUUGCACUUGUUCUCUUUAGAGAAAAGAAAAUAGGAAACAGUCUGUUGUCAUUUUUCACUGAUAUGUAUUAAACACUUUUCGCCUUUGUGUAUUCAACAUAUUUAUCCACAAAAGCUUACGUUGUGUAUCUUCUUUUAUGUGUUUAUUGUAUUUUGAUGUGUAUAUUUAUUAUCGAUAUUCACUGUCUGAUGAAUACACCAACUGAAGUGUUAAAAAAAUAAAAGAAAAGCAAGAAAGAUUUUUAUAUUUUACUGGCUGUGUAAAUACACGUCCUUUCAUUAUGAUGCUGUUGAGUCUGAUUGUAUUUUUACAACUAAUUGUUUGUAUGU